GUGAGCAAGACUCACAUACACUGACUGCUCGGUUGCGCAGUCAGUAUACUGAGGUCUGCUCAGAGAGAGAGAGAGAGAGAGAGAGGAAGAGAAGACAAGAGGCAGAGAACAGCCACUGGUUGCUUCUAGACACUCAAGCUCAAGAAGGGCACAGACAGCCUGACCUAUGUGUGGCUCCUCACAAGGCUUUACAGCCGCCUCUUCAUGUACCUCAAUCAUGUUAACCUCAGAGAAGUCAGCUCAAACUGUGGGUGCCACUGCAGCGAUGCCAGGAAAACACGAUGUUGAUAUGACAUCAUGGAGCGAGGCAGACUUUGAGGAGAACUGCACUUACAUCGUGAAGGACCAACCUCUGGAAGGCGAGUCCGAAAACAAUUGCAAGACACGAGCUGAGAGAUCGUUGCCCAGGAACCUGGCCCUGAAACGCUGCCACGACUCAGCAGAGGUGCUUGGGGUGAUGACUAAGGAGAUCAUUCCGAAGGGAACACGCUUUGGCCCUUUGGUGGGGGAGAGCUACACCAACGAAACUCUGCCGAAAGACGCCGACAGGAAGUACUUUUGGAGGGUCUUCUCAGAGGGGCGCUUACACCACAUUCUGGAUGGGCUGCAUGAAGAGCGGAGCAACUGGAUGCGUUACGUCAAUCCAGCAUGCUCUGUGGAAGAGCAGAACCUGGUUGCAUGCCAGAGUGGCUUGGACAUCUUUUUCUACACCACCAAACGACUUCAGCCAGGCCAGGAGCUUCUGGUGUGGUACUGCUCUGAGUUUGCCCAGCGUUGUAACUACCCUCCACUGGGACAGCUGGCUAUUGACAAAAACGAACAGAGUCCAGCGAAGAAGACAAGGAAACGAGGUCAUACGGUCUCUGAAAUCCUACAAGACGACCUCUCCAAAUCCCCUUCUACCUGCAUCAGACGUGUGGACAGUUUUUUGCCUCAGACAAAUGUCUCAGCAGAUUUUCCUUUAUGUCCCAGUGUUGUCUACCCACCUCAGCCUAUCUCCAAAUCUAUGCAUGCUAAUAGAUAUGCGUUUCUACCACCUCUGCCAUCCUGUAGCCCUCCAACUGCCAAAAGGCCAGCACUAAGCAUUCCUGUCCCUACUAAUGUCCACUUUGCCUUUCAGCACAGUCAAGGCCCUCCCGUAGCAAAGCCUUACCAAGAUCCCCGUAUGCCCGAUAUUGCUAAUUCUACUCUAAUGCACGGCCCCUAUCUACUGCCCCACUACUCACUUGGCCUUCUACCUCAUUCAUAUCCAUUCUAUCGUGAGCAACUGAAACCUCACUUGGCAGUCUCACCCCAUGCAUCGCCCUUUCACAACUAUGCACAUUUUCAAUCGCCUUUAACCAGUGGUUGCAAAGACUUGACACGUGCACUUUCUGAUUCCAAACCAGACCUCUUUCUUUCACCAAUCCGUGAGCACAGAGACAACAAGGACCUCAUAUCCAAAAGAAGAGCCUACCUCAGCAUACCCUCACACGACCUCAGAGAUUUCAAACACUCCCCUCCCACCAACGUUCACACAGACCUCGCUGUGCCUGCCACAUCCACCGCCUCAUCUAUGGUCACUAAAAACCGUGAAGCACAGCCGUCUCUCACACCUGGAGGAUGCUCGCCGCAAGAGGGAAUGGCAGCCUCCUCAAACUGCCUCCCUUCCAAUUUUACCUCUGCCACUCAAAGUGAAGCUGAGGAUACAAUGGACCUAAGCAUGACAAAGCAAAGUGGGCAGACAAUUGGCUACAAGACCCUGUCUUACCCUCUGAUGAGGCAGAAUGGAAAGAUCCGAUAUGAAUGCAACAUCUGUGGAAAGGUCUUUGGGCAGCUGUCUAACCUUAAGGUUCAUCUGCGAGUACACAGCGGGGAGCGUCCCUUCAGGUGUCAGACCUGCAAUAAGAACUUCACGCAGCUAGCACACUUGCAGAAACACUACCUGGUUCACACAGGAGAAAAGCCCCAUGAAUGCAAGGUGUGCCACAAGCGAUUCAGCAGCACUAGUAACUUGAAGACCCACCAGCGGCUACACUCAGGUGAGAAGCCUUACCAUUGCAAGCUCUGCCCUGCUCGCUUUACUCAGUUCAUCCACCUCAAACUCCACAAGCGCCUCCACACUGGCGAGCGACCACACCGCUGUCCUCACUGCCCCUGUUCCUAUCUCCAUUACUGCAGCCUCCAAGUGCACCUCCAAGGCUUCUGCCCACUCUUGCCCCUGGCCUCACACAGAUACUCGUCAGAGGAGCUAUGUCGAGUUAACUCUGAGAUUGAGAGGUUUGACAUGAGUGAGGCGGCAGAGGAGCUUGAAGCCAUGGCUGCAGAGGUUGAUAUGGACAAGGGAAAUGUUACCGACCUAAUACAGAAGAUAGAGACCCGUGUCUCGGGCCACCGGGAUGCUGACAGAGGGGAGGCUGAGAGAACCAACUACAAAUCAGCAAAAGAGCGCUCGGGUGUUCAGCUGCAUCACAGCAGUCCUGUACCUCUUCAUCCAGCCAGCAUCAAGCUGGAGUCAAGCUGCAUAUCAGAGCCCUAAGACAGCCCUGCUAAUCCAUCCAUAUAAUCCUUACAGGUCAACUCAGCAGCUGUCUGUUACUGCCCUAUUUGAAGUAAAGCCUUAUCUCAAUCAUGGAUUUCCUAGCCUAUACUCUACGUAGACCGCAGCAUGUGAAAAAUCUAGACUUAACCAGCCUGGCCUGGAAAAAGUGACUGUUUUUUAUUAAAUGUAUAGAUCUUUGUUAAUUUAUUCAAUUACUUUUAAUCUAAAAUGUACAAAAAAACAACACAUUUUUUGAUAUUUUGAUUUUUUAUAUCUCUGGAAUGUCUUGAUGGAACAACUACACAUGUGAUUAUGCAUUAAAAAUAACAAAGAUGCUUGCUUUAAAA